AUGACUUCCCAGAAGAGAGUGACUCAGAGAAAUAGCUCCUCAGUGACUGAGUUUAUCCUUUUGGGAUUUUCAGAACAAUCAGAGUUCCAGCUCCCUCUCUUCUUUAUAUUCUUAGGGACCUAUGUGUUCACUGUGGUGGGAAACUUGGGGUUGAUCAGUCUAAUUGGGCUGAAUUCUAGCCUUCACAUCCCAAUGUACUUUUUCAUCUUCAAUUUGUCCUUUAUAGAUCUCUGCUAUUCCUGUGUCUUUACCCCAAAAAUGCUGAAUGAUUUGGUAUCAGAAAAUAGCAUCUCUUAUGUGGGAUGCAUGACUCAACUAUUUUUUUUCUGCUUCUUUGUCAAUUCUGAGUGCUAUGUGUUGGUAUCGAUGGCCUAUGAUCGUUAUGUGGCCAUCUGUAACCCCCUUCUGUAUAUGGUCACUAUGUCCCCUCAAGUGUGUUCCAUGCUGAUGUUUGGUUCAUAUGUGAUUGGUUUUGCUGGUGCCAUGGCACACACUGGAAGCAUAUUGAGACUUAACUUUUGUGAUUCCAACAUUAUCAACCAUUAUCUCUGUGAAGUUCUCCCUCUCUUGCAGCUCUCCUGCAUCAGCACCCAUGUCAAUGAGCUAGUGUUUUUUAUUGUUGUUGGAAUUGUCAUCAUGAUAUCCAGUGUCAGCAUUUUCAUAUCUUAUGCUUUCAUUCUCUCCAACAUCCUCCGUAUUCCCUCUGCUAAGGGCAGAUCUAAAGCCUUUAGCACAUGUGGCUCCCACAUAAUUGCUGUUACUCUGUUUUUUGGGUCAGGAGCAUUCACUUAUUUAACAACUUCUUUUCCUGGAUCUAUGGACCAGGGUAAAUUUGCCUCAGUCUUCUACACCAAUGUGGUUCCAAUGCUCAACCCUUUGAUCUACAGUUUGAGGAAUAAGGAUAUUAAACUUGCCCUUAGCAAAACUCUGAAGAGAGUGCUCUCCUAAUGAUUUUGCUUUAUUUGUUGGCAACUGAUUCC